CAUGUGAUACCCUUAUCAGCUUUGUCCCAACACUCAGCACUAGUAAUUGGUUUUAGGCCAUACACUCAAAAAUUGCAUCCAUCUAUAAAUACCUGCAAACCAAUCCCAAAAUACUCAACCACCAUUCACAUUCUCUACUGCCAUAAAAUUACUAAACUUCCAAGCUUUCUCAUCAUAUCAACAAGCUCAAAAUGGGUUUUCUUUCUAACCAAAUUUUCCGCCAAUCUGUCUCGACGGCCAGCAAAUCAUCCUCGAGUUCUUUAGGUCAUGUCCCGAAAGGAUACAUAGCAGUUUACGUUGGUGAUUUCCAAAAGAAGAGAUUUCUUGUACCGAUUUCAUACUUGAAUCGGCCUUCAUUCCAAGAUCUACUUAGCUUAGCUGAAGACGAGUUUGGUUUCGAUCAUCCAAUGGGUGGUUUGACGAUUCCUUGCAGAGAAGAUACAUUCAAUGAUGUCAUUUCCAGCUUGAGUAGAUAAUACAUAUAGUAGCAACCACUCAAAUUAGUAUCAAAAGAAACUCUUGUAGGUUAGAAAAUGUCAAUUCAAUGUAAAUACAUAUAUAUUUUUGUUAUUCGGCUUGUGAAUUUGUCUAAUGAUGUUAUAUGGGACUGAACAGUUUUGUCUAAUGAGAAAAUUAAUUUAUUGCAUUUAAA